AUGACGAUACUACCUAACAAACCGAAGAAACUGACAAAAAGUACCGAGCGACAUGGUUCGCAGCAAGCAGGCAAUCGGACUUCUGCAAUGCAUUCACUUAGGCAUUCAAAUGCGAACAACAGCAACGAGGAAAAAAGGAAAACUAAUACUCCCAUCGCUAGCUCCAAAAGUUCACCACUUCCGAGGACUGUGUCUAGUAAAACUAAUCAUUCUUUGGGUCCCUCUCCACCGGAAACUAAUAAGCAACCAAGACAAAGCACUCCGGAAGAAAAUCCAGGUGUUCCAGCUAUCAAUUCUGAUGAUGAGGAUGGUUCCGGUUUCAAAGAUGAUAAUCUCGAAGCUUGGUUUGAAGAGCGUUUGCGUUGCGUACGAGGCCUUGUGAUUAAGCCUGUUCGUGGUGAUGGAGCAUGUCUCUUCCGUGCUGUUGCUGAUCAGAUAUAUGGUGAUGAAGAAAUGCAUGACGAUGUGAGGCGGCUUUGUAUGGAUUAUAUGGAGAAGAAUAGUGAUCAUUUCUCACAGUUCGUGACGGAAGAUUUUCAUGAUUACAUUGCACGGAAGCGACGUCGCGAUGCUCAUGGGAAUCAUGUCGAACUACAAGCGAUUUCGGAAAUAUUUUCACGCCCAAUCGAAAUUUAUGAGUAUUGUACUGAGCCCCGAAAUAUCUCCAGCUCCCGCCUAGAUGCCUCCCCGUCUGCAGAACCGAACCCACCCAUUCGUCUUUCAUAUCAUGGUGCAAUUCACUAUAAUUCGGUUAUUGAUCCAACUAAAGCGACAGUUGGAGUUGGUUUGGGAUUGCCUGAUUAUUCACCUGGAGCAGCGGACAGAAGCCUUUUGCAAGAAGCGUUGCAGAAAUCAGAAGUUCAAAUGAUCGAAGACGCCAUGCUGCAUGAUAAAAUUAAAAUGACUGAUUUUGAGCGUACAGAACAAGAUAUUAGCGAACAGAUAGCUCGACAAUCUUAUUUGGAUUAUUUGAGAAGUAUUAGUAAAACCGAAAACACUGAAAUGAAAGGAACAGCAUUUGCGGUUUCGGAACCGGGUUGCUCAUAUGCAAAUAUUCGGCUUCAGGAAGGCAGUGAUGGUGCAAUAGGUGCUAACGAAUGGUUUCAUGCAGCAGGAUCGGAUGCGGAAGAAAAUGCAUUGUUGGCACAGGUAAUGGCACUUUCGCAACAGGAAUUUAUGAAUUCGUUAAAGAAGAAAUCAUCGAAAGGGCAGAAUGAUGCUGAUCAAGCUGGUUCUAGCAAGUCUUCGUAG